UGAUAUCAGAUUGAUGGGCCGGUUUGAUUGAAGUCUCUUUGUCGUGCUAAUGUCACGGCGAGUGAUGGAUGAGGCGCGUGCGUCAGUACAAAUGCGCGCGCCUAAACCGAAAGGUCCCCCUCCUAUACACACACACACACACACACACACACACACACACACACUGGCUCCCUCGCUUUAGAAACCGACUGACAAACUUCUGGCCUCCGAUCACCAUAGGCGACGUGAUGACGAGCCACGUGACCCACGGCAGAGGUAAGAAGUGACAUGGAAAAGAGAGAGAGGGGGGAGAAAGUGAGUCCAGGAAAAGAGGGAAAAGCAAAGAAAUUGAGAAAAAAAACACAGAGUGGAGGAGGGGGGAGUGUAACCUGUGUGGGGGUGAAGAGGUGACUUGACUCUUUUCCGUCUUCUCGCGGUGUUUUUCGCUGUCACUGAUGAGCCUUCGGCAAACACAGGUUGAGUUGAGCUAUUGACAGCGUAAGGCCUUCCGUUUACGCACACAAAUACACCACAGCAGAGCACAUUAUUCAUGUGUGUUUCGGAUUUGGGGACGUGCAGACUCCACUUUUUUUCCUCCACAUUGGAAGUUUCGGCCGUUUUUAUUUUUACUUUUCUCUAAUUUUGCUAAACAUUUCCAAUUUUACGGGUUUUCUUUUUUCCAAAAUACUUUUUUGUUUUAUUUUUUCUUGUGAUUUAUGUUAAUUUAACAUAAUUAUUUCACAUCAUCCUACUUACUCAUGGAAAAACAUUUUCAAUGGAAUUUUUCGAUUUUUGAUGUUUUUUCCAACUAAUUUCUCUUAACUUCAUCUGUAGUCUUCUGUUUCUUACUGGUUAUUGUAAACGUUGUUGCAGUCUGCAUGGACAACAUGAACUCGUUUGUGGAAUAUUCCAUUUGUAACCGACCGGGGACCGGCUCUUAUUCUGCGCCUAAAUCUGGAUAUCACCAUCAUCAUCUGCAUCACCACCACCAUCCUCUGGAUCAGCAGCAUGGCUUCCCGGUGGCCUCCGGCGCCUUCCACACGGGACCCACCGGCUCUCCAACUCUCGUUAAUGGGACGAGAAGUGACAGCAGCGCCGGAGGAGCGAGUUACACAGGGGAUGGGCGGCUGUACGGGGACACUGGAGGGGAAGGAGCGCACGGGACCACAGGGGCGACCGAGCAUCAUCAGCAACAUCAUCAUCAUGAACAACAACAGCAUCAGCAGACGCACAGCGGCUACCAGCAUCAUCCCCACAUUCACCAAACGCAAAGCUUACAAAGUGGAAUAUUGUCUCCCUAUAAUAACGUGAAUGGAGGUAACACCGGGGCCUAUGCGGGUCAGGGGUGCGCUACAAACUCGGAGUAUGCUGCUGCUUCGUGCCCUCCCAACAGCGUUCACCCCCAGUAUUUCAUGGAAGAGUCUGUGGCCUCCACCUACUAUCAAUCAACCUUCCCCAGCUCGGCCCCCACCGUCGGUCCCAGCUACGGGGCCCUGGCCUACUGCGGGCCUCAGGGCGCUCUGGCGGGGUCACAGUACCCGCAGCAGCUUGGUGGGGGUUUGGACGCAGCGGGCUACCUGGGGGUUCCACACGGGGGAGGUUAUGGGGAGCUACCGGUCUCCCAGGACCGAGAGAGGGGUGAUGAGGAGGGCCAGCAAGCCCAGCAAGGGCAGACCUUCGACUGGAUGAAGGUGAAGAGGAACCCGCCUAAAACAGUCAAAGUGUCGGACUUCGGAAUCGCACACAACAACGCCAUGCGCACCAAUUUCAGCACGCGGCAGCUGACUGAGCUGGAGAAAGAGUUCCACUUCAGCAAGUACCUGACGCGGGCGCGGCGCGUGGAGAUCGCCGCCACGCUCGAGCUCAACGAGACACAGGUGAAGAUCUGGUUCCAGAACAGACGCAUGAAACAGAAGAAGCGCGAGCGGGAGGGCGCCUCCGUUACAGCGCGCUCCUCCUUCUCCUCGGGUACCAACAGCGGCUUCAAUAAAGAGAUGGAGGACACCGACCACUCCUCCGCGUCCACGUCCCCAGGCGCGUCCCCGAGCUCGGAGACGUAGUCACAGCAAGCGUCGUGAUUGGUUCGGCACAGCUGUUGCUCAGAACCUGUGGUGUUAUGGAAAACAGGUGGUCUAUAGUCUUGUACUACUGAGUGAUAGACUAUUUAAUGCAUUCCUUGUUUUGUAGGCUACUACAUCUUAAAGGAAAAUGAUCCAUCUAGUCAGUCUGCUUCAUCUACUUCUGCUUUUGUUACUGAUUUCCUACAAGUCCCAGAAUUCCUUUUGAAAACUCACCCAGCACCUGGACUUUUCCAUUCAAUCAGUUUUAGAUAUAGGUGGAGAGAAGACUUUCCGAUACAGAAAAACUGUCCCACCUGAAUCAAACCUUUCUUAUUCUGGUAUAUUUGCUGCUUCUGCAGGCAUCAAAAUGAUUGCAGAUGUUUUUGAUAGAGAGUAAAAGUUUUUUUUCAUUCAAAUUUAUGAACUACAGUGACAUAUUAGGGCAUCAAAAAGCACUACAACUUGAUACCACACAGUUAGCCCACCAUAGUUGAUGUUUUGACCGCAAGAACUGCACUGAUGUAAUGACAAAAUAUAGGGAACCUAUGAGGCAACCAAUAGGCUAUGAGCAAAAAUAUGAUAUAUGGUUGAUGAUGGCUGGUGAUGCAAAAUACCCCAAACUGGAGGAAAGUUGUAGAAAUAACAAUAAUGAAAAAUCUCAGAUAAACCUCCCGUCACUUAUCUGGGAUGUCAGGUGGGUAUCAUCAUCCAGUCAAACUCUGCAGAUUUUGAAAAUUCUUCCAAACCAAACCAAAACCACUUUCUUGAAUACACGAACAUACAUGUCAUGCUUUGGUACAGAAACCAACCAGUUGCAGGAAUCUUAAUGCCAUGGUUCCCAACCUGGUGUUGGAACACACAUCUUAGUGCUGUCCAAACAGGGAAAAUCAAAAACCCAUUCCACUUUUAGAGUCUGAGAAGUGGAAGCAGAAGUGUGGCUUUCGGGGCCAUAUUCUCAAAGUAGCAUUUUUUCACUGACUAAGAACCUGGUUGUAUUGCUAAAAUAUUUGGUGAAUUAUUCCUGGACAAAACUCUUUUUAGAGCCCUUAUCUUCGAGAUUUUCUUCUUGAAUGGGAAGUUACGAGUUACUUUUAACCAAAAGACAAUUGAUGAACACAGUGUCUGUUGUACAGGGUAAUGGUGGAUCCCUCCAGUGAUGAUGAUGAUGGGAUGCACUUUGCUGUCUUUAGAUGAUGUCUGAUUUACAUGGUUUAACUGGUAUUAGGUUAUCUACAGUGGAUAAUACAUAAUUUCUUCUGAUAUUUAAUUGUUUUGUGUGUGUGUGUGUGGGGGGGGGGUUACAUUUUCUUAAAUGUUUUAUAUUUUUAGUGUUUUUGCCAUAGUUUUUGCUUUCAAUGUAAAAACAAAGCCCAUGACGUAUGGGACACUAAAACUCCACUGAAAGCCUUCAUGAUUGAUUGGCAACCAUGUUUACAUGACGAUUUAACAUACAAAAACUGUGAUCCAUCCUUAACCCCCAUACAAGUCUGAGCCCAGCCUAACUAAAUGAGCCUUAUAACCAGCAAUACAGGGAGCCUCUGAUGGCAAAAACAUACUUUUGUCCAAUGUGGCUGUAGCAAUUUUUGUUCUACUUUUAAUACCUUUAUUAUUAUUAUUAUUAUUAUUAUUAUUUCUAAUGUUUUACAUUUUGUUCUGUGUGUAUGUUUCACCCCACGCAGCUCUGGCCUUUGCGCUAUGUGACUACAGGGUAACAUUUUCAGGUGCUACAGGGUAACAUAAAGUGCUCAAAAACAUUAAGAUGGAAUAUUCUGUUUCAUUCAGUUCAUAUGAAUGAUGACAAAGGCUGAUUUACAGGAUUAUGUCUUGACCAUGUAAAUUAGACUCAGGGAUUAAUAUGGGAUGUGUGCGUGCGUGUGUGUGUGUGCUGGGGGGACAUGAUUAAAGAAAACUACUGAAAAAAUGCUGAAACCUGUUCGACAUAUGUCUCCUUGCUGAGUAGAAAAAAUUAGGAAUUUAUAUUUUACUGCCUGCCCUUCCCCCAUGAGAAUAAAUUAUUGUAUGCAUUUUAUGUUAUUGAUUAUAGAUUAUGGGGGAAAGUGUGAAUGUGAAGGAGGUGUUUUCCCUAGGGACAUGCUUUCUUGUUUUUGCUGAAGAUCAUGAUACUUAAAACCUGACAAAAUUUCUAUAUGUGAAUAGUCCUAAUCCUAAAUAUGAUUAAAUUGGAAUUUUUUUCAUUGAAUACAUAGCUAAGUUAACCGUGUUAAUUAAAGUUCCUGUACACUUCCCCAGAUUCCUACAUACUUCCCUCUUCACAUUGGAUCUUGUAAACGUCAUUCAGGAGUAGGUCUCUUCAUAUGUGUAAUGUUGUCACCCUCUACUGUGAAUGGAUGUGACUGGUAUUUUUUAGAAUGAUGUCUGUUGUUUUUAAAUGAGAGCAGACUGACUGAGUUUUAUUAGUUCUGCUGCCUUAGAAACACUCCCAAUUGUGUUCCUGUUUUUUUCUACUUGAAGCUACCUCAAUUAAAGAUUGUUCUGUCAAUCUAUUGCAGAGAUGAUUUUUUUGUACUCUUUAGACUGACCAUAAACUAUUUUGUAUAUGAUAUAAAUAAAAUCAUUCACAAAUUAUAGAGAUUUGCUGUAGCAUCCAGCAUUUCCAGCAUUUGAAAGCUGUGCUACUUUACAAACAUCUCUAAUCCUUGACAUGCUCCAAGGGCACUGUCAAGCCACAUAAAUCAUUUUAGUGCCCUACUAUGCCUUUCUGCAAUAUUAGAAAUAUUUCACAGUACCAAAAAGCAAAGAAAUUGAGACAAGGGUUAAGGAAAACAAUGAAUGGUUGUGUCUCUGUGAUAGGGUAUGUUGGUUGUAGUGAAUGAGUCUAGAUGACUAUUUAGGCCGUCCAUUCACUCCAAUAUUAACCUGACCAUGGCGCUAUAAGACGCUGUGAGCAUCUGUCCCAUUGGAGAACCGAGGACCCACUGUUAAGGUUUUCUUUUAAUGAUAUCCUCAACAUUUCUCAACACAAAAACACAAAAAGUGCCCAUGAUAACAACACGAUAGGCUAAUGCUAUCAGUUUUAAUGAUUUCUCCUUUGAUUCUGAGAAAUAAAGUUUUUUGUUGUCAGUUUUUGUUGGACCAUUCUAUCAUUCUAUAUUUAAGGAAAGAUGAUUUCAUAUUAAAUAUUCUCAGCCACAUAUUCUUGGAAAUAUAAAACUAAAUGAGCAAUUCCCAUUUUACAAUCACAGCUAUAAAAUGCCUUUUGUUAAUAGAGAUAGUGGCGUUUGAAGGUCUAUCUAUGUCUGUUUGUAAUACAUCCAGGAGUCUCAUUUUGAGAUUUUUUUUUUUUGUUGUACAAUGACAUUUCUUCAGAAACUGGUGCUUAAGACAAGUCUGGUUAUAUUCUACAGUUUUCAAAUUGUCAACAAAUCCCAUGAAAAGACCCAAACCAACAAUGAAUGUAUCCUACUACUAAGUAUUGUGUGUGUAACAAGGCCUUACAGCAUCACAGCUCCAUUGUUCAAAUACUAGUAAAAACACAUCAAUGAAC